AUGGCAGUGCAGAGACAAACUGCAGCGUCAAGAUCUGCGAUGCCGGAAAGGAGGGAACAACAUGGUGUCUCGGAUGGGUUUCCGAUGACUAUGGGGAGAAGGUUGUUGAGCAAGUUAGCACACACACCCAAUUUUAGAGUGUCUAUUGGGCAAGUGGCUUUAGGAGGGGUUGAAGGUGUUGGAGGAUUUGAAGGUGUUGAAGGUGUUGGAGGUGUUGAAGGUUUUGUUGGUGUUGGAGGUGUUGAAGGUUUUGUAGGGGUUGGAGGUUUUGAAGGUGUUGGAGGUGUUGAAGGUUUUGAAGGUGUUGGAGGUGUUGAAGGUUUUGUAGGGGUUGGAGGUUUUGAAGGUGUUGGAGGUUUUGGUGGUGAUGUACAAUGGCAUCCCGGUGAUGUUGGAGGUUUUGGUGGAGGUGGGCAAUCUUUUGCCGUAUUAGUGGAGGAUACCAGAGUGAAGAAAAGAAGGUUGAUCGUAAGGAGAAAAGUUGUGGUUGCCAAAGCUCUUGAAGCCAUUUUUAAUGGUUUUGCUUCUUAUAGUUGGAAAGUGUAG